UAACCUCUAUACAAGAAAAGAAGAAGAUACGUACAGUAAGCGUUAGCCACGUUGUGUAGAUGUGUGGUAUCCAGGUCGAUAAUAUUUCAUAUAUUGUUUUGUUUUUACUGACAAUGACAACCAAACGUAAUCUGCCGGCAGCAGAUACUGUGCAAGAAGAGACCACUCAAAAGGAGGAACUGAGCAAACAGAUAAAGGAACAGAACAUUUUGGUUGAUGAGCUGUCCAAUCUGAAGAAAAACAGGAGGGUCUACCUCCAGCAGCCCAAUAGCAACAUUUUCUUCCUGACAGACAGAGAACAGAUGCUGAGCACAUGUAAAAAGGACCUGGACAACCUAAAGAAAGAGUACCAAGCCAUGUAAAACAAAACGACAGAAAUAGGAGCAGAAUGUGUGGAAUUUGUUGUGUGGUGAGCCUGUCCCCUCAGUCUCUCGUCUUAGCGGACCGAGUGCAGAAAAAC